CGGAUGAACAAAAAUCAUGAAUUUUUCAUAAAAAGUUGCUCUCUUAUUUUAUUGAUUUUCAUAGUUCAGGAUGCUUACUUUUUGUCCAGUUUGCGCCAACGUGUUGAUUGUUGAAGAGGGAACCAAGUGCUACAGGUUUGCUUGCAAUACCUGUCCGUAUGUUCACAACGUGACGCGAAAGAUUUCCAAUCGUAAAUAUCCCAAAUUGAAAGAAGUCGAUGACGUCCUAGGUGGAGCUGCCGCAUGGGAAAAUGUUGAUUCAACAGAAGAAACUUGUCCAAAGUGCCGCCAUCCCCGAGCCUUCUUCAUGCAGAUUCAAACACGCUCAGCUGACGAACCAAUGACAACGUUCUACAAGUGUUGCAAAAUGGAUUGUGGACAUAGAUGGAGGGACUGAGAAAAUGUUGAGACAUGAAGACAUUGACAGAGGAAAACCCCUCGUCUUUGGAUUGAUCAAGGAGCAUACAAGAUACAGAUUGGUUUGUUUCUGUUUCAAACCAAAAGAUACACUGAUUGUGUCAUGAAAAAACUGCCUCUGUGGUUGUGACUAUGUCUACUGUUCAAUAACCCCUCGUCUUUGGAUUGAUCAAGGAGCGUACAAGAUACAGAUUGGUUUGUUUCUGUUUCAAACCAAAAGAUAUAUUGAUUGUGUCAUGAAAAAACUGACUUUGUGGUUGUGACUAUGUCUACUGUUCAAUGAGAGUUCUAUGUAUGUCUUUGAUGGGAUUAAAAUUAUCAACCAGUUGUCACUAUUUGCCAACUGAGUGGAGGCCUGGUUGUACUGAGAUACUCAUUGCUAGUACCAGAGGUGAAGUCUGGAGCUCUGAUGCUCAGAGUGAGGUGAACUUGAAGACAAUGUGAUGGUCUAUUGAAUGUGAGAAUGGCGUUGUAUACAUUGUAAAUAAAUCUUUCAUAUAGUUCA